AUGAUACUGAAACACAUUUUAAGUUGUUCACUGAUCCUAUUAAUUUUAAUAGUUUAUGAGUCCGUCGUGGUUAUUAUUGAUAAAGAUCUCGUAAUUCGUUCUGCGAAACCGAUUAAAAAUAAAACAUGGGAAAAUUGGAAUGGAGAAAUUCAUAUUUCGCCAAAUGCCAUUUUUGAACCAUUUACACUUGAAGACCUUAAAGAUAUUGUAAAAUUAGCAAAGAUAAAUAAUAAAACAAUUCGAUGUGCUGCUCAAGGACAUACUGCAAGUUCUCUGUCGGUCACAGAGCACUAUCUAGUAGUAGUCACAAAUUUAAAUAAGGUCAAAGUGCAAAAUCAUCCAAAAUAUGGCUGGACUGUUACCGCUGAAGCUGGUACAUCAUUGUCUGAUCUUGAUGAAACACUUCGAAAUCAUGACCCACCAUUAACUCUUGAUUCAGAGCCUUUAUAUAACACAUUUCGAGUAUCUGGAGUUGUGGCGGUGGGUGCACAUGGUGCAAAGACAAGUUCAGGGAUUAUGUCAGAUCAAGUUUGCUCGAUGAAAAUCGUCACUGGUUCUGGGAAAGUAUGUGAAUUUAGCGAAGAAAUAAACAAAUCAGAAUUCAAUGCUGCGAAAGUCAAUCUAGGUUUACUUGGUAUAAUCUAUUCAUUAACGUUCCGUGUACAACCGAUGUACAAUCUUCGUAUGACUGAUAUCUUCGUUCCAGCAAAUGAAUGGCUUAAUAAUCCACAGAAUAUCAAAAAUCUUUUAGAAUCAUCUGAUGGUAUUAGUAUAGCUUAUUGGCCAUUCAAUGGAUUCAACCAUAGUGAUCCGAAUCCUCUUGACCCUAGUAGAGAUCGAAUUGAGAUUACGAAUUGGAUACGAACUGAUGAACCUGUGAACUUCACACAACAACAACUCAAACAAUCAUAUGAAACUCAAAGACAGGGUGUUAUUCAACAGUAUAAACUCAUAAGUAGUAACUUACAGAAUCCUGAUGCAAUUCCGAAUAUUACUGCCACUUUAUUUGGUAGUUUCGGUAAUGCUAGUACUGUAUUUCAAGCACCUGAUGCUAUUCAUUAUGUAGCUAGUGAAGAAAGUGCCAAGUUUGAUUUCGUGGAAAUUGGUUUCAAAAUUGAACCAGAUUUUUCCAAUGCCGCUGCUGAAUUUUCUUAUGUAAUCCAAACAAUAUAUGAAUUUGCAAGAAAAGGAAAAUUUCCAUUAAAUUAUAUUGCAGAUUUUAGAAUCAUAAAAUCAACUGAAGCUUUAUUAUCUUUUACUUUCAAUCAUGAUCCUGAAAUAUUGCCUCAUUGGGGAAAAAGAUGGGAAUUUAUUCCAAAUGUGAAAUCUUAUCUUUCUGAUGUUUUAUCAAAUCAAAUUAAGCAAUUUGAAAAAGUACGUGCAAAGUACGACCCUGAUAAGAUUUUCUUUGAUAAUAAGUCUCUGCAGGAUAUAUUUAGUCGUGCUUUGGAUUCAUAA